CUGUAUGGUAUCGAUUUAGAGGGGACCCUCUUUAAUACCUUUAUCCGAGCGCACUAUUCAAUUAACGGAAAAUUUAAGCAGUAUCCAACCAUUCCGAGAGACCAGAUCGGUUUCAGUCGACUGAAUCCUGAAAUUGAAGGCUCUGGCGUCACCAUAGAUGAAACAGAGACGUUGCCCGAUUCCGGAUUGCCCAACCCAACCUUCGGAGUGCCUCUUGAUGCCAACAGCAUUCCCACACACUCUGAAGCAGAAGGGGAAAGGUUUGAAGCCAAGUUGAAUGGUGAUCCGAAUGAUGACGGAGAGAUGGGUCGUGAAACUGCUUGGUUUGUCAACCUCAGGCAGCGUUACGGCAAACUCUUCCUCGAGUUGACUCGUUAUCAUAUUGACCCAGGCUACACAACAACCUACCAUAAUUUCGGUGCGAACGAUUCAAGAGAUGCGACCUACUCUCUUGACCGAACUCCUGAAUCCGGCGCAGAAAUCGCGCCCUUUGAUGAGAUUAACUAUUCGCUCAUUGAAGACGACGAUGACGACGAUGACUGGCCAGAUAGCAUCGACUUUGACGGUGUUCUACCGCAAGCCGAUGACCGUGACCAGAACGGCAUCCUCGAUUUCCAAGAAGACUUCCUCAUCUUUGAGGCGGAUCCUCCGGUUUUUGAAGAUCUCGUUGACGAGAAUAACAAUGGCGUUGUUGAUUCAUUGGAAGAUGAUUUUGAGCCACAGUAUGAAUACGGCAUUAACCGUGACGGAUACCAUAUCGCUGCUAGCUAUGACUUACUCGAUAACAUGACCCUCAAAUUGGGUUGGUUAAAUGAGAGCGAAGUUUCCAGCGUGCGGCAGAACGAUUCAAAAUACGCCCAUCUUAGCUACCAACGCGACGUUCCAGAUUUCGGAACAAUCCUGUUCCAGAACCGCUUUGUCCGUGUUGACGAUGAUAUUCCAGAUUACUCGAUUACCUUGCGUCCGGGCGAGUUAGAUGCCACACAGGAAUCUGAUUUUCUCGAUUUCUUCAAGACACGGGUCAAUGUGACAAGCCUUCAGUUCCUCUACAGCGCGAUUCCAAACUUAACGCUUGAAACCAAGUUCCUACUUGACUGGCGGAAGCAGUUGGCACUCGAUGAAGAGGAUGCCAUUGCGUUGGAUUUUCCACAGGAUGAUCCAUCGGAAGAAAAGGAUGAUCGCGUUGAUUUCAUGGUGCCGGAUGAGCAAGUCCGCUCUGAUGGAGACCGGAAGUCAUUUCCGUUCUAUCCAGAUCACGGGUUGAACCCGCUGGAUGCAGAGGAUCUUGGUUUGAUCUAUGAUUCAGAAAACUGGAUACCACGCCGUUUCCAAGAAAAGACUGUCCGAAAUCAGAUUACCAUUCUCAGAGCCAAAUAUGAAAUCUCAUUGGGUGAUUUGCCCGGAGUGGACAGAAUUGGUGAAGAUUUAACCCUGACACCGAUGGCAAAAUAUAUUUGGACGCGAGCGUUUGAUCAUACGGCUGCGGACAUUACGGAUCAAAGGUACAUUAACCCGCUAGAUCCGACGAAAUUUGUGCCUGACGAUCCAGAGGUCAUUGAGUACCUUCGAUUCAACAAACGUAGCCGUGAAGAUGUUCUCGGUAUUCGUUUGGAUUAUCAAUUUACUCAAAGAAUGAAUAUCCUCGGCGGUUUUCAGUAUCGCAAAUUCACCAACCGCGAUCAAAAUAUCAAAGACUAUUUAGCGACGCCAGCGUUUGCGGAGGCUGAUAUUCCGAUUCUCUUCCGUCCAGACCUGCGUACGCGUAUCUUUGAAGUGCAGUCAAUCAGUCGCGGUGAAUGGCAAGGUUUCAAUAUCGUCAUUCUCGCUGGUUUCAGAAGAACCACCAUCUUGCUUGACCAUACGACAAGUAAUACAACCUUCGUCCGAGCAAUGAUGGGCUUCUAA